AUGGUGGAAUUUGGGGAGAUUCUGAAAACUAUUGGCGACUUUGGUUUCUUCCAGAAGCUCAUCACUAUCGGGCUAUCUCUCCCAAACUUCCUACUACCCAUUACCUUCUCCAGUUUUCUUUUUGUGGAGUCAGAUCCAGAGCGACACUGUAACACAGACUGGAUCCUUCGUGUGGACUCCAACCUGACCAAAGAGGAGCAGCUGAACCUGACUCUGCCGCGGGAGAAGGAUGGGACUUUUAGCAGGUGUGAGAUGUUUAGACCUGUGGACUGGAACAUCAGUACCAUCAAGGAGUAUGGGCUCAAUGAGACUACAAGGUGCCAGGAUAGAUGGGUGUACUACAGCAGGCUUUAUGAGUCCACCAUAGUCACUGAUGUAAGUGAAGAAGGAAGCGUGAUUCGUUGUCUUUACCUUUAUAUAUUAUUUAUACAUUCAUAAAGGUAUUUAUUAUAUAAUUGCCAUUUAUAAUUCUGUGUAAUAGUAAACAUUUAUAUGUUUAUGAUGUAUACUAUGUCUGUAAUCAUGCAUAAUCACCCAAAUGAUACGAUCUUCACCACCACAGGUGAGUGCAUAUAUUGCAUACCUUUCAAUAUUUUCUAUCAGUGUUCCUAAAAGUCUUAUGAUUUUCCAGCCAAACUUUUAGACUGUAACUAAAGUCACUGACACUUUCUCUGCCUCCUGCAGCUUUUCUGUGCAUCAGUCCCACUGAAUGUCCAGUAUGUUUGUGGUUUUUCCACUGCCCUUUUUCUUAUUGCAGUGAUAACCUUAUAAUGGUUAACGCAAAGACAAUCCAACUUCCCUUAGGAAUUACUGAUGUACACCUUUUAUUCCUUUUCCAGUUUGAUCUUGUCUGUGGCAGGUCAAACAUGACUGAAAUUCUGCAGACAAUCUUCAUGACAGGUUUACUUGCUGGCUCUUUUGUCUUUGGACCUACAGCUGAAUCGUGAGUAACAUUUUUACAUUUGACUCUCUUGAACAUCUGUGGAUUAGGUAUAGUAUCGUCUGAGUGUAAACAGAGAAACACAAUAUGAGUUUUCACAGUGACAAAAUGAAUGAGGAACUAUUGGUCUGUGUCAAUUUUGGCACCCCCUUGUGGACAAGGUAGUCUUUACUUAUCUGUCUUUUAUUGUGCUUAAGUAGUGUCCUCUAACAUAAAGAAUUAGCUGCUCAUUUUCAACAGUCAUAUGUUUAAUGUAUUUGUGAGUAUCUCCUCUGGAAAUUGAAAACAGGGCUGCUUCUUCAGCUUAACAGCUGCCACCAACCCCUCAUACAAGUUUGAGGCAUUAAAGAUCACGACGCAAAAUUUGUCAGUCUUAUUGCUAAUGGUCUCAUUUGCAAUUAUAGAGAGACAUCAAUAUGAAUUUCUGUACAUUUUAAAAACAUCAGAAAACUCCUCACAGGAGCUUUAAUCAAGAAAACAGAUAAAAUUGGAAAAAUCAUUCAAAGAGAACAAAGUACAAACACAAGGUUUUCAGGCUUAAAGAGUCAUGGAGUGAAAUGAGGGGGUUUCUUUAUAUAAAUAUACAUCCCUGAAAGCUGGUGUGUCCAUGUUGUGUUGGUGGGAAGGGGGGGGGGGGGGGUCAUUCUGCAUCUCUGAUUUCCCAUCAGAGAUGCAGAAUGAGGCAAUAGCAGUGAUGAUAUCCUAUCUUUGAAAGACUUGUCAGGUCAGGCUUUAUUUCUUUCACUUUUCCUUUCACUGUCUACCUUUGUGUUUUACUUUAGGUUCGGCCGAAGACCAACCACCCAGAUACCGACUGUCCUUUUGCUAAUAUUCAUCGCAGCUGCUGGUGCGUCUCCAAAUGUCUAUGUUUACGCCAUGUCACAGUUCAUCGUUGGAGCAGCACUUGGAGGAUACAGAAUAAACUCAGUUGUUUUAGGUAUGACCAACCUCAUUGAACCUCACCAAAACUCCUGUAAUAUUUUCGUCAAAACUACAGGCAUCAAAUAGUUCUGAUUUUGAGGGACAGGUGCAAUAUUAAAAAUGUAAAAUGUGGAUUUACUUCUAACCUGAGGGCCAAACAUGGUCAACAUUUCAUCAAAACUGUCAACCUCCUUUUUGAAAAUUAUGUAAGGAAAACAGCAAUGAUUAUAAAUCAUUUGGAAAUUAAAAAAAGAUUUAAAAAAAGAUAAGUUUAGAGGCAAUCUGAGAUAGAAAAUUUUAUUUCAUUUUUUUAUUCUAUUUAUAUUUAUUAGUUCAAAAGAUCAGAGCAUAAUAUUAAAACAGAAAAUUAAUGCUUUUAGAGAGCAAAUACAUGAGGAGAACAUUGGAAUCAAUCAAUCAAAGCAUGAAAUAAAAAUCCAAUCAUGUUUGACUUGUACUCUUGAGAUGCAAAAUUGAAAACAUGAAAUAAAACACCAAUUAUUUUCCCCCACAUUCUUGACUAUUUUUCAAAUCUUCCUUACUCUUUAAAUUACCAGAUUUUUGUGGUUUAUUAAGGACAUUUUAAAUAAUGGUGCUAAUGUUUACAUUACUACACUGGAGGAAAUCUGCAGACUUCAUACUGGUGGGCCAAUAAUAAUACAAAUAUAAUAUGAUCUUGUGGGCCAAAUAUAAUUGUUCCACGGGCCAGAUUUGGCCCCCGGGCCUUGAGUUUGACACCUGUGCUCUAAAUGGUAGCAAGUUGUGGUCUGAUCCUGACCAGAGUAGCACAGCAGGCCCAUGAAUCUUGUUAACCACAAAAGAGCAAAGAUCAGUCAAUUUGUUGUUUGUGGCAAAUCCUUCUCUGUCCUAUUCUACUGAUUUCUUAUCAAUAUAGUAUUAUAUUACAAUGUUUCAUAUCAAAUCAUAUAUCAUAGCAAAUAUUAUAUCAUAUAUCAUUUCAUAUUAUAAAAUAUAUCAUAUAUCAUAUCAAAACAUAUAUCAUAUCACAAAUAUCAUAUUUCAUAUUAUAACAUAUAUUGUAUUGUAAUGUGACAUUGUAUCAUACAUCAUAUUAAGAAUACAUUAUAUCAUUUACAACACUUUAUAUUUUAACCUCUCCUUUAAUUGUGGUAUUUUAAUUCUGCUCGUAGCCACAGAGUGGAUCGGCAUCAGCAAAAGGUCCAUUGCGUCCUGUUUGAGCCAGAUGUUUGCAGGCCUUGGACAGUGUGCCAUGGCUGGUGUAGUUUAUGCUAUUCCUGAAUGGAGAACAGCACAGUAUGUCAUGGCGGGAUUGCAGGCUGUUGUGGUCUUGUAUAUAUGGUAUGUUUGGCAGGAUAUAUAUUUUUUCUCUUCCACAAAGUUUAAACAUUGAUAUUCUCAGCAAUUCUUGAGCUAAGACCAAGUUUGUGAUUAUAUUUUCAGGUGGAUCCCUGAGUCUGCAAGAUGGCUGCUUGGAAGAGGAAAAACUGAGGAAGCGAAGAAGCUGAUACGGAAAGUUGCAGCAAUCAAUAAACAGAAUAUCCCAGAGAAUCUGUUGGAUGAGGUAACUUAGACACGUCUAGAUGUGAUAGUACUUUUUAAAAUUCAAAAUCUGGCCUUGUAAGGAUAGUUAUGGGUUCAUCAGGAUGAUGUUGGGAAGCUUUGGGGAUCUUUUUUACCAGUUAUUGCAGAGCGUUGACUGUUUCGUUGAUCUUUGUCCUCUGAGAAAUGAACAUCAAAUAUUUUCAAGUGUAAUAAUGAAAUGUUUGCCCUCCAGGUUACUGCAGAGCGUGAUGUCCAAACUGGAGGAAUCAAAGAAAUUUUUGCCUCCGCAGUUCUCAUCAAAUAUGUUUUGAUUUUAUCACUUUCCUGGUGAGUCAAGUGCAUUUUGAAAGUUUUUUUUUUAUUUCUUUUUUUUUUUAGAUCCCUUUAACAUGGUUUUUUAAAUCAUUAAUUUUUCUAAAGGUUUUCAUUAAAUCUGGGCUAUUUCUGCCUGGUUCUGAAUGUGGGUAAGUUUGGUUUGAACAUCUUCCUGGUUCAGUUCCUGUUCGGGAUCUCCGAUACACCAGCACAUCUGCUCUCCAUCUGGAUCCUGGAGUAUGUGGGGAGGAAGAAAACUCUGAUAUCAACACUUCUGAUGGGCAGUUUUGUUUGCCUCUUAACUCUGGCUUUCCCCCAAGGUGAAUUUCCUCUUUUUCUCAUUCUGUCAUUGACUCCAUGUACCAGGGAACUACAUGUCUCCACCUCCUACUGUACAACAGUGAAACCAAAGUGUCCAACAUGAGAUGCUGCAUUAGUAAUGAAGUUUAGAGCUGAAGCCUAGGCAGAAAAAUCAGCUUCCACAAGCCAUAACACAGUCCAUGAAACCAGUACAUGAAGACAAAUCCAAAGUCAGCUGUUGGGACGUCUAAUAUAAUGUUGUGUCCUUCUCAGACAGUGCUGUUGUUAUCACAGCCCUGGUCACUACAGGAAAGUUCUUUUUGAGCUGGGCGGGGUCAGUGUGUAUGGUCUACAUCCAGGAGCUGUUUCCCACUUCUGUCAGGUAAACAACAUCUUAAAUAUAUAACUUAAUUCAUCUUACUACAAAUGAUAUUGACUCAGAAACUGUCUCAGGCAAACCGCUGUUGGUCUAGGCUUCAUCGCCUUUAGAGCAGCAGGUUUGCUCGCUCCGCUGCUCAAUAUGUUGGCUGUGUACCACUGGUCCAUUCCCAUUAUAGUCUUCAGCAGCUUGGUAGUGAUCAGUGGAGCUCUGGUCUUCCUGCUCCCUGAGACCAGCAGAACAGAGCUUCCUGAUUCAGCCAAGGACGUGCCGGGCAAAAGGUGAGUGAGCUGAAUGCCUUAAUCAUGCACUGGGGUCAUUUUGGCUUUUAUAUGGUGUCACUUACAAAAACACAGGGGUCUCUAGUGGGACUCAACUUGUUAUACCAGGAGAUUCAGCAUUUGGUCACUGUGGCAUUGUUUAUGCCUGAAAUGACUUUUACCUGAUUAGGUUCACCUCCACAAGUGGAAAGUAGUUCCAAUAUGAAAUUAUAAAACUUCGAUGAAAAAUGAAUUUGACAUUUUUGAAAUUUCAAACUUAUACAAUAUAAAUUAAAUAAACUGAAGAAGUCACUUUACUUUUGGAAAGAGUUGCCUUCCUGUUGAAUACCAUGAACCUGGUGUCACUGAACGUCUCUUAACGUGUCCUUUUAUUGCACUUUGUUGAAAGGAACUUUUAAUCUGAAUCCUUUUUUGUAUUUGUAGGAAUGUUUCCACCAAGAAGACAGGAAGUGACUCUGACAUGACUGAACUCCACAAACAGAAAUCUACCAAGCUAUAGAGGAAAACUGAACUUUGUUUUACUGUUCUUUUGUUAUUUUGUAACAUAAGCUUCAUGUGUAUUUUGAGAGUUGGACUUCAGUGUUGCUGAGUCAUCCUGUGUAUUUGCUCAUGUGAUCUGGCUGGCUACUGGACAGUUACUCAUGAUGUCUUCAUCCCUGUUGCUGCUGUUCUGUUCUGUUGUGAGAAAAACUGAGAGGAAAUUUACCUCUGACUUGUUUAUAGACUGCACAGACUAUCUCAGAGAGUUCAGAUCAGCAGAGAAUACAUCCAGAAAAUAAUAAAAAUAAAUAAUCCAAAAAGAAAUGAAUUGAAACUGCCAGUUUUGCACUUCAUGAUGUUAAAAUCAGUACCAGUGUAUUUGCCUGAGCAGAUGUAGCCAUCAAUGACAGCUACUUCUCAGACAGUUAUAGCCAGAUAAUCUUUUAUGCACAAUGUUGAAUUUUUGGCUAUGUCAUAUAUAUGCUGAUGUUUUCAAACACGAUUUGGCCAAUGUUGAAACCGAUAUAUUUACAUAUACAGUACGGGCCAAAAGUUUGGACACACCUUCUCGUUCAAUGUCUUUUCUGUAUUUUUUAUAUGACUAUUUACAUUGUAGAUUAUCACUGAAGGCAUUAAAACUAUGAAUGAACACAUGUAGAAUUUUGUACUUAUAGAAAAAGUGUGAAAUAACUGAAAACAUGUUUUAUAUUCUAGUUUCUUUAAAAUAGCCACCCUUUGCUCUUGAUGACAGAAGUACUUCGUGACUGACUCUGACAAGACACACCUGUGGAGUAAAAACCAUCUCAGGUGACUACCUCAUGAAGCUCAUUGAGAGAACAGCAAAAGUUUGCAGCGCUAUCAAAAAAGCAAAGGGUGACUACUUUGAGGAAUCUAAAAUAUAAAACAUGUUUUCAGUUAUUUCACACUUUUUUUCUUAAGCACAUGAUUCCACAUGUGUUUAUUCAUAGUUUUGAUGCCUUCACUGAGAAUCUACGAUUUAAAUAAUCAUGAGAAUAAAGACAGUGCAUUGAAUGAGAAGGUGUGUCUAAACUUUUGGCCUGUACUGUAUAUCAUUUUCCUAUUAUAAAAUGCAUUUUUUACUUCAUCAGGAAAAGAAAAACAUUGAUGAAGAGCAGGUUUGCUCCAAACAUCACUCUACUGGUGAAAAAAAAUUCAGGUACAAUGGAGCCCUGCAGUGUGUGAACUGUUUCCUUCUAUCUGCUCAUCAUGGUCAUCCUUCUGCUCGACAUAGCACCUGCUCAUUACAGGAGCUUUAAAUGAAGGUCUUAAUAUUAGAUUCCAUUUGUAUUCUGAUCUGCUAAUCCCUCAAAAAACUACAAACUGCACCUUUUAUAUUAUUAUCAUUAUAUAAGAUAAGUUUUCAGAUUGGACUUUGCUUACUUUUACUUGUGUGUGGACAAGAAAAAGAGUCCGAAGAGGUCAAAUCCUCAGGAACACGCGGUUAUCUUACUUUAUGACUGUAAUCACACACACACACACACACUCAUGUAUUUAUAUGAUUGGAUUUCUUUAAAUACUUUAAAUGUUUAGAGAGAAUUCACAAGAAUCAAAUGUUUCAGAAAACAGCUGUCAAACUUUCCUUUUUCGGUCUGCUAUUGUGUGCAGUUUUAUCAUUCUUUAUUGCAGGUUUUCCUCAGUCCUAGACUGUCAUGAAAGAUCAGUAUUAUGUAACAGGUUUACCUCUCAUGUAAGAGUGCCAGAGGGAAACAUCGGAUGAGUCAGCAUACUGUAAAAGUACUAGAAAGAUCAUCAGUACUUAAGAUAGCAAGUUGGAGUGCACUGUCUGCAACAAACUAUCCCAAUAGGCAGGUAUGGUUUUGUAGUAUUUAUGUUUUAUUGACACACUUAUGCAACCAGGACUGGACAAUGACACAGCAGUGUCCAGCACAGCCUCGUGGUAUUUUUUUUAUAGCUGCUAAACUGGAAGUAGCAGAUUUUAUACAGCGCCCUUAAACUGACUGUUUCUGUUUCUGUGGAGGUUGUCAAAGUGUUUAUAUGACUAUGAAGAAAAAGUUCAAGUUUAUUUAUCAAUCAAAAAAUGCAAACUAGAUCUAACUCUGCUGAUGAGGAAGAUUUUUCCCAGGUAAAAGUGCUGUUUGGUUAAAUAACCACAGAACCAGCUUUUUCUAGAGAGCGAAAUAACCAUUUACAUGCUGUCUCAUUUCUCCUGAAAUCUGCAGUCCAGGGUUUAAACAUUAAUGAGCAUUGUUUAAAGGUCAUCCUCAGACAGCAUCUUUCAGCCAAAGGACAGAGCUGUGAACAUGGCUGAUUUUGGAGAGAUUCUCCACAAUAUCGGAGAGUUUGGAUUAUUUCAAAAGGUCACACUAUUUGCUCUCUGCUUUCCAAAUCUUAUUCUACCUUUUCACUUCUCUAGUGUAUUUUUCAUCCAGUCAGAUCCAGAGCGGCACUGUAACACAGACUGGAUCCUCAGUGCUGAUCCUAACCUGACCACAGAGGAGCAACUGAACCUGACUCUGCCCCGGCAGGAGGAUGGGACCUUCAGCAGGUGUUGGAUGUUCAAACCUGUAGACUGGAAUAUCAGUGCCAUCAGAGAUUAUGGACUCAAUGAGACCACAGCUUGCCAGAAUGGAUGGGUGUACAGUAAAACACUGUAUGAAGCCACCAUAGUCACAGAUGUAAGUAAAUUGUGGAUGUUUGUAGUCAGACAAAGAUUAAGAUAAAUCAUCUUGAUUCACCAAGUGUGUUUGUUUCCUCAGUUUGAUCUGGUCUGUGACCAGGCUAACUUGUUGCAAGUGGCACAAACAGUCCUGAUGGCUGGAAUCCUCAUUGGCUGUCUCUUGUUUGGACCUUUUGCUGAAUCGUAAGUAUUUCUACUGGAAACUAUCUCUACAAUGUUUCCUUGAGGCUGUACCACCAUUUUAUUCUUAAACACACAGAAACGCACAGGUCUUACAUCAGGGGAGCUUUAUCUCUUUAUCUCUCUCAGGUUUGGUCGUAAACGUGCCGCUCAGAUUCCAUUUUGGAUAUUAUUCAUAUUUACUGUGACAACGGGAUUGAGCCCCAACUUCUAUUUCUAUUUGGCAUCCCAGUUCAUACUGGGUAUCGGCUAUGGAGGUUACAGACUAAACGGCGUCAUACUGGGUAAAGUAAAAUCUGUCAUUCUUUAUUUAAAAAAAUUGAGGCAUCUCUUUUUCUCAAGUCUUAUACAGUCCAGGCCAAAAGUUUGGACACACCUUCUCAUUCAAUGUCUUUUCUUUAUUUUUUUAAAUGACUAUUUACAUUGUAGAUUAUGACUGAAUGCAUCAAAACUAUGAAUGAACACAUGUAGAAUUUUGUACUUAUAUAAAAAAAGGGUGAAAUAUCUGAAAACAUGUUUUAUAUUCUAGUUUCUUUAAAACAGCCACCCUUUGCUCUUGAUGACAGAAGUACUUCGUGACUGACAGUAACCCUGACAAGACACACCUGUGAUGUAAAAACUAUCUCAGGUGACUACCUCAUGAAGCUCAUUGAGAGAACAGCAAAAGUUUGCAGCGCUAUCAAAAAAGCAAAGUGUGGCUACUUUGAGGAAUCUAAAAUAUAAAACAUGUUUUCAGUUAUUUCACACUUUUUUUUCUUAAGCACAUGGUUCCACAUGUGUUUAUUCAUAGUUUUGAUGUCUUCACUGAGAAUCUACGAUUUAAAUAAUCAUGAGAAUAAAGAAAGUGCAUUGAAUGAGAGGGUGUGUCCAAACUUUUGGCCUGUACUGUAUGCUGAGUCAAAAGUCAUUGCACUGUAUGUGUUGCUGUGUUGUGUGAAGUGAUACAGCUUUGAAAUGUCAUGUUUGAUACCGCUGACCCUGACUGCCACACUCUGUGCUGUAGUCCUGGAUGUGAUCCACAUGUGCUGGUUUUUGAAGGAUCUGUUGUUUUCAUUGAUACUUAACAGCAGAAUCUCAGCAGCUUUCUAUACCUGCUCAGAUACAUGUGGUCAAGAAGUGUGUCUGACUAAGUUUGUCUGAUAAUUAAAUUAAGGUCAGUUUCAGAUACACAAAGUGGGUCUCAGGAUGUCUGACUUGACUUGGGGCAGGUGGCCUCACUGGCAUUUGUCAGGUCUUCCCAAAGGUCUUCUUCACCGAUCAUCAAUGGUGCACCAGAUCCAGUCUGUUCCUGCAGGUUGCAUCUCACUGUUUGGGUUUCCACUCAUGGUCUCAGGACUAUUUCCCUGCUGGUUUCACAGGAUGCAGCAGUAGAUGUUUUAUACUCCCACAACCCUCCUCUGGGAGUAAAGCAUCUGUGCAAAAUACAGCACAGCAGGGGCUGCAGAUACACUUCUCAACACACUGCCUUCUGUAGAUCUCAUCCAUGCAGACAAUAAGUACAAUAGAACACACAGGAGCACCAAUGAUAUUUUCAGCUGGUGCCUUAUCAUUUCCACUGAUAGUGCUGACAAACUGCAGUUUAGCAGUCCACACACAUGCCUCAUAUACAGACAUUCCUUAAGCGAUUGGCUUCCAGCUUGUGGCUCCUUUACUGCAUAUCACUCCCUAUGUAUUGUACUGAAGUGUAACAAAACUCAGGCUCAUCUUAAUCAAAUAGGUGUUUACGUUCAUGUUGCAUAAGCUGCGUUUGAAUUGUAAAAUGCCAGCAUAAUAAGCUUCUUGAAUUGGAGUAAAUCAUCUUGGCAUGUUCAUUUCUGAUUGUUUGCAAAGAUUCUAGUAAAAAUACUUGAGCUUGACAGUCAUUGAUGUGUUGUUUUUAGCCACUGAGUGGAUCGGGAAGUCCAGGAGAUCAUGGGGAGCGUGUGUGACUCAGAUCUUUGGAGCCAUUGGACAGUCUGUCCUUGCUGGUAUGAUCUACUUCAUCCGAGACUGGAGACUGGCUCAACUAGUCACAGCAGCUCCUCUUGCAGUUGUUGGUGUUUACAUAUGGUGUGCGCUCUUUCUAUUUAACUCCUGUGAUUUGACACUGAGUAAGAGUUUAUUAAUAUGUGUCUUUCUUUCUUUCUUUCUGACAGGUUUAUUCCAGAGUCAGCCAGGUGGUUAUUGGAAAGAGGACGUGUAGAAGAGGCUAAACAAUUGAUAACCAAAGUGGCAGCAAUCAAUAAAUGCCCUGUUUCAGAGUCUCUGCUGGAAAAGGUCCUGACACUGCACAGACACAGUUUAUUACUUCUGCAUCCUAAUGUUUACAUACAACCUAAACAAGAGAAAAGUUAAGACAUGGUUAGGGUUAGGAAAAUCAUGAUAUGUUUCCACUGGGAGAGACUGUGACCAGUUUGUCUUUCACAGACUGUGGGCCUGUUUCCAUUAUCAGCAGCUUUUGUACUUCUAGUGAAUAUGUCCUUUGAAAAUACAAUGCAGACGAUUUUGUUCUUGUUGUUGUUGUUGUUGUUGUCAUACUCUCAGCUGAAAUUAGUUCAGCUUUGUCAUCAGCAGGUGAGAAGGUCUGUACAGACUACUUAGUCCACAGGGGAACCAAAACAAAUACAAAUUAAGAGUUCCUCAUGGGAGCUUUAAGGACCGCUGCAAAAUAUUAAAAUCAAAAUUAAAGCGUUUGAAUAACCUCUACAUUUCUGGAUUAUGAAGGAUAACAGUCUCAAAAAUGUACUAUUCAAUGGUAUUAAGGCAUUGGUUAAUUUCAAGAUUGAGUUAUUGCAAAUCCCAUAGAUAAAAGAAUAUUUAAAUUAUGAUAUAUUUUGAGUUUUAUUUGUCGAUGCAUAAGAGACUGGCCUUACUUAAGUCAAUAUGCUUAGGUAUCAGACACUGUUUUAUUUCACUUUAGUGUAAGACAGGAAAAUAAAAUCUUAUUCUCACUAUUCUCAUUCUUUUGUUUAACAUGAAUUUAUUUGAAGACUCCCAUCAUACCACAUCACUUACUGUAACUCAUGUCUACCAUGUGGCUUUGAACUUGGCAUAAAACACUGAUCGACUGGACUGAACUUUGUUGUGUCAAGUUGUUCAGGAGACAGAGAAAAAUAGCUUGCUUAAAGUUUUAAAGAUAAAACAGAGUUGAUAGCCUCCUUUUCAUAAUGUUAAAAAAACUAGAUAUUUAUUUUUUCAGUGAGGCUGUUGGCUCUCAUGAUAUGCUAACAUUAGCAAGCGUUGCCAUGAUGUUGUGUCCAACUCCUUUGUGUUACAGAUUGUUGAGAAAGAAACGGAAACAAAGAGAGGCAUAAUAGCUUUGAUGAAAUCAGCUGUCCUUAGGAAGAAUUUCUUUACACUUAUACUGGGAUGGUGAGUUACAUUUUCGACUCCACAUUACUCUACAGCAUUAAUUGUUCUUUUUUCUUGUAAGUCCUAAUACUGAUUUUCUCUGAAUCUCUUUAGGUUCUCGUUAAAUCUCACCUACUACUGCCUCUCCUUAAAUGUGGGAAAUUUAGGCUUGGAUGUCUUUUUGACGCAGUUCAUGUUUGGUGUGACUGAACUACCAGCUCACAUACUUUGCAUUUGGCUGUUAGAGGCAGUGGGGAGAAAAGUGUCACUGAUGUCGACGCUCCUAAUUGGAGGACUCUUGUGUUUAUCAAUUGUCGCUGUUCCUCAAGGUAAAGUGCAGCAGUCAUCGCUCUGGUCAUUUUCAUCAGAGUUCAAUUACAAUUGUAUAAAUUUAUGUAUGAUUUUUUUUUUCUACUUCAUUGGCACAAUUUUUUUCUGAUUUAACACCACGGCUGUAUCAUUAAUUCUACCAUUAAAAUCAUUAUACCAUAUUCAUUAGCUUGGUAAUAGCUUACCUCUUUGUCUUGCUGCACCAACAGGUUAAUUUUUUUGUUUAUCGUAUAAUCACUAAAAUAGUUGGAUCUACUAUGAAAUAUGCAACUAACAUCCUUCUUUUCCACCUGUCUGAAAAAUGAUACAUUUUUCAAAAUUUCCUCUGAUGGCUUUAAACCACAUUUAUCUAACUCUGUGUUUUCUGUUCAAGACGAUGCUGUUGCAGUCACAGGGUUGGCAAUCUCAGGUCGCUUCUUUGCAAACUGGGCCGGAUCUGUCUGCAACGUGUAUGUUCAGGAGCUGUUCCCAACAUCUCUCAGGUAAGUCCGUCUGUCACUGUGGUUAAGAUUAACCACUGCAGGCUCCUCCAGGAGCCACAACAUGAGUACAAAAACGGGUCAAAUAUUACAAAAACAUGUGCGAACAUAGUUGUUAAGUACAGGAAUCUGGAUGGUGGUGACAACACUACAGGAAACCAGGAUGUUUGUCUUUGACUUGCUGUGCUCUGGAGGUGUAGGAUAUUGGACUUGAAACUAUUUUGUCCUCUUUUGUAGCUGAUCCCUGAAUGUGGGUCAAUUUAAUCGCUGUUGCUUCAGUGUUUACCAUCUGUGUUUAAUUAUGACAGUCAAACUUAUCAAACAUAUAAAGGUUUGUAUUGUUGUACUGGUUUUAUGGCUCUCGGACAGAUAAUGCUGCAGUUUGAAGGUUUUGAUCUAAAGGUGGUGAUAAAGAAAUGCACCGAUCUAUGCCAUUAUGCAACGUCUUAUCUCCACUGGUCCUACAUUCAGACUGAACAGCUGAGAGAACUUCAUUAUAAUCUAACUAGAUAAAGAACAGCGCUUUAUCUCAGAGGUAAAAAAUGAAUCAAAUCUCUCUGAUGUGCACAUCUGAGCUAUGUGGUUCUGUUUCAGACAAACAGCCUCUGGUUUGGGCUCCAUUGCGAGCAGAGCUGGGGGCUUACUGGCCCCAUUACUAAACAUGUUGGCAGCUUACCACCGGGCCAUACCCAUCAUUGUUUUCAGCAGCCUAACACUGAUCAGUGGAGCCCUUGGUUUCAUGCUUCCUGAGACCAGGAGGAAAGAACUGCCAGACUCAACCGAUGAGGCUGAGGGCAACAGGUGAGCUGGAAGCCGAUUAUCAUGUCCCGGUAACACGAUGAUAGAUGUUUUACUGAUGUGUGUUGUUCACUGUGUUUUAUUGUGGUUAUGCAUGAAAAAAACUGUUGACCCAUUUUAGAGGAAAUCUAACAUCUAAUAGAGAGCUCCUGACUGUUGAAGUCAUGACUGCAUGUUUGUUUUAAAGAAAAUAAAGUGCUCAAAUUUUGCUCAGUUAAAUAUUAAAAUAAAGUAACCAAUGUUUAUAGCAAUACUGUCUUUGAGCAUCUCCAAAGAAGAAGUAAAUCCGCUGUUGAUGAUUAUUUAUGAGAGGUUUACUCCAUCCGCCCAUAAAGUAGUAAUAAAGUGCUACACAUUAUCCUGAAAAUAAUCAUCACAUCACGUGACAGACUGCCAAACAGCUGAUAUUCAGUUUUUGUGCUAAGAGCAUCAAAACGACAUGACCUGCUGUUGACUGAAACUGAUAAUUUACCUGUUUUUAUUCCUUUCUCCCACAGAAAAGAGACCACAUUCAAGAUCAAAUAUGAAUCAGAUGAGUCUUCACGAAGCAAAUCUACUAAACUAUAG